GUGACGCGCGCGCCGACCCGGGCCCGCCCGCGCUCGCCGGGCCGGCGCGAGGCUGUCAGUCAGCCGGGCAUCGCUGCCGCGCGCCCGCCGCCGCCGCCGCGCGCGCUCCUCCGCGCGCUCCUUCCCGCGGGGCUGUGAGGGACACGGCGCGAGCAGCCAUGAAGAUCUGGAGCUCGGAGCACGUGUUCGGACACCCCUGGGACACGGUGAUCAAAGCUGCCAUGAGGAAGUACCCCAACCCCAUGAAUCCCUGUGUGGUGGGGGUCGAUGUCCUCGACAGGAGCCUGGACAACCAGGGGAGGCUGCACAGCCACCGGCUCCUCAGCACCGAGUGGGGAUUGCCCAGCAUUGUCAAAGCGAUAUUAGGAACGAGUAGAACUCUGACUUACAUAGAGGAACAUUCUGUGGUAGAUCCAGUGGAAAAGAAGAUGGAGCUUUGCUCAACUAAUAUUACACUCACAAACUUGGUGUCUGUUGACGAGAGACUGGUUUACACACCUCAUCCAGAAAACCCGGAAAAGACUGUGCUAACUCAAGAAGCAAUUAUUACUGUUAAAGGCAUUAGCUUGAGCAGUUAUCUGGAAAGCUUGAUGGCAAACACAAUAUCUUCUAAUGCCAGAAAGGGUCGGGAUGCCCUGGAGUGGGUGAUCAGCAAACUGAACACAGAACUAGAAGAGCUGAAGUCCACGCACGAGGGGAUCAAACCAGCCAUGGCAGCAGCGUCCGCGGAAAAGUAAAGCCAGAUAUUUGGGUUCACCAAAUAAAACCCAGCCACUGACAGAAAAGUCUUAUUCUGCAGACUGCUCUGUAGAGCUCCCUCCCGAGGCUGACCUGCAGAGGUUUUGCCCAUCUGUAAGAAUACUGGAUCAGCAGAAAAGUAACCUCAUCCGUCGUCUCCACAGCAGCGCUUGUUGCCUACUGAAGAUUAAACUGACCUCCUGCAGAUGCUCCUUUCAUUUGAACGAUUUAUGUUUAACACUGGAAACAAAACAUUUAGCACAUCUAAAAUGGCCUAAACGUGCCUUUUCAAACAAAGGUGGAGGGCAUGUUAUAUUUACACCAUCUCAAACUGAAAAGCUUGGAAAAAAAGCAUGUGUGGGAUUAAGGGUUUUCCGUGUGAGCUGUUGCUCUGUGAAGGGCUGAUAGGUCCUAAAGCACCGAAUUUUGUCUGGUUUGUAAUCUGAUAAUGUCUUAAGGCCAGUUAACGGGAACUACAUGAGUCAGAACAUGAUACUGUACAAUUUGAUAUUUAUCUAAAGGAUCAUCUUGAAAGGCUACAUCUUGUGUGGAACUAACUCUUCGUAAGUUGUUUAAAUGUGCUGCCUGAACAUGACACACGGAUACCUUACCUCUUAGAUGUUUGUAUCCAAACAAAGAUAAAGUUUCUGUUGAUGUUAAUAGCCUAAAAUAGUCUUUCUGGUGGGGAGAAGGGUAUAAUUUAUUUUCUUAUUUAUUAAUUUGUCCUAGUUCCUCCCUCCCUAUGAGGAGAGGGGUAGUGAUUACUGGAAGGUGCUGGAAAAUACUUAUUUAUCUCAAAGAAGCUUAUUUGUAGGCUACUGGAAUGAAGAGACUGUGCUAUUCCAGUGGUCCUUGCUCUUCAUAUCAUGUCUUAACUAAGGGAGAAAUUGAUGCAAUAACCAGAAGAGCUGAAAUGAGAAAUGAGCAGAAAAUUUUAAAUCCAAAUGAGGUUUCAUGAAGAGAAACUUUUAGUUCCCUAAAUGGAGAAAACAAGAGUACAAGAACCACAAAUGGACUCUCCUUUCUAAAUGGUUUCUGUUAACUACUGACUACCAGUGUAACUAAACCUUUUCAACUCUUUUCCAUGUGGGUGCAAAAUUAUUUUAAAAUCCUUUGAAAUGCUUCUCGUGAUCUGGAAAAAUAACUCCAAUAACUGCAGAAACUUUCCUAUUAAAUAUGCAUAAAUAUAUAUUGGUAAUGACUCCAGCCUUGUCUGAUGUUUACAGAAUUGUCAUGUUUGAUCCAGAUGUAGUGUAUGUUUCUCAGACAGAACCCUCUGUUAGGACAUUUUAACUUAUUUUUUGGUGUGCACACAAAGUCAAAUAAAUGUUGCAAGGAUGUUUACUUGUUCAAGUGGCAAGCAUGUGCUCAGGAAGCUGUUAAAGAGCAUGAGUAACUUCUAAAAAAAUAGAAGAGUAAAAUGUUGGUCACUGUUCUGAUCUGAUAAUUUUAAAGUGUUUGUGGCUUAAGGGAAUUUUCAGGAUUCAUAUUCUGGUUAGUUUGAAAGUGAACUUUGAGUGUAACUGAAUUACAUGACCUAAUGAAUAAACUUACUUUAAAAAAUA